CUACUGACCCAGCCAGCAUCAAGGCGGCAGCAACCAGAGUUGAGGAGCAUCUGAAAAGCUCGGGGCUGAAUCUGUUGAUAAACAAUGCUGGGAUAGUGAGGCCGAGCACACUAGAGUCUGAGACACCGGAGGACAUGUCCCUGGUGUAUGCAACCAAUGUGACAGGGCCCCUGCUGGUGAGCCAGGCGUUCCUGCCCUUGCUGAAGAAGGCUGCCCAGGGGAGCCCCCAACCAGGGCUGAGCUGCAGCAAGGCGGCCAUUGUCAACAUGUCCAGUGAGUGCGGCUCCAUCACAAAUCUCUUUGCUUGGCAGUUGGGGCACGCUGUCUCUUAUCGGUGCAGCAAGGCUGCUCUGAACAUGCUCACCAAGUGCCAGUCCUUGGGGUAUGAGGGAGACGGGAUCCUGAGCAUUGCUGUCCAUCCUGGCUGGGUGCAGACUGACAUGGGGAGCUCAACCCCCCACCAGGCUCCACUGACGGUGGACAUGAGUGUCGAAGGGAUCCUGAAUGUGCUUCCAACACUCUCCAAGAAGGACAACGGGGCCUUUGUGAACUGGGAAGGCAAAGUUCUUCCCUGGUGAGAUGCCCCCUGGCCACGCGACAGGAGCCCUGGGUCAGGUCAUUCCAGUGACCGCGCCGUCAGCCGUUCCUGUGCCCUCAAUAAACCCACUGUUCUAAUGCAACA